AUGCACAUCAACAUACAGUUGAAAUUGAACGUGUCCAAUGUGCUGUUGUUGUUGUCGCUGUUGUUGAUACUGACAGCUAUCACUUCUGUCAGUGCUGUCAUUCACUAUCCGCCAUCUAACGAACUGAAACGAUUACUCAGAGAUGAUGUUAAAAGGAUGUUCUAUCAUGGAUAUGAUAGCUAUAUGAAGCAUAGCUUCCCAAUGGAUGAACUGAAACCUAUCUCAUGCAAGGGUUCCGAUACUUUUGGAAAAUAUGCAUUAACAUAUAUAGACUCAUUGGAUGCACUACUGAUACUUGGCAAUACGACAGAGUUUGAAAAGGGUGUACAAUGGACCAUUGACAAUAUACAGUUCAACAAAGACGUUAAUGUCUCUGUAUUCGAAACAAACAUUAGAGUGCUCGGUGGACUACUCUCUGCUCACUUGUUGGCCGAGGAGCAUAUGUCCACGUACACUGGUGGUCUGUUGCCACUGGCACUAGACUUGGGCGAGCGAAUCUUGGUGGCUUUCGACACACCAACUGGCAUACCAUACGGUGCCGUAAACCUGGCACGUGGAGUACUGCCUGGCGAAUCAAGUGUGACAUGCACAGCAGGCGCAGGAACCUUUGCACUGGAGUUUGGCAUACUCAGCAAGCUGACACAGCGACCAGAGUUUGAACGCGCUGCCAAGCGUGCUGCUAGAUCACUGUGGCGCUAUCGUUCAGAGAUCGACCUGCUUGGCAACCACCUGGAUUUGAUCACUGGCGCAUGGACAAUCACAGAGUCUGGUAUUGGCACUGGCAUCGACUCGUACUUUGAGUACUUGCUCAAAGCGGCCAUCUUCUUUGACGAUCAAGACUAUCUGGACAUCUUUGAGAAGGCGUAUAGAGCGAUCAUUAGACAUGUCAAGAAGGAGCAUUGGUACGUCGAGGUGCAGAUGAGCAAGGCCAAUAUAGUCUGGCCUAUUUACAACUCGUUGCAAUCGUUCUGGCCCGGUCUACAAGCACUGGCCGGUCAGUUUGAAGAUGCCUUUGGCACUGUUAAAGCAUUCCAUACAGUGUGGCGACGAUAUGGAUUCCUACCAGAGGGUUAUAACCUACUAUCGGGUGGUGUACAUCCAGGUCAACGAUCAUAUCCACUGCGCCCAGAGCUUGCAGAAUCACUAUACACUAUGUAUCAAAACAACAAGGACCCUUACUUUAUCAAGAUGGGUAGGGAUAUGGUUUGGACAUUAAGUAAUCAAACAAGAUGUGAAUGUGGACAUGCUAAUAUUGCAGAUGUAGAGACACAUGAACUCGAAGACAAGAUGGAGAGUUUCUUCUUGUCAGAGACAUGUAAAUACCUCUAUCUGUUGUUUGAUGAUAGUAACAUGUUCAUCAAUCAGUCAUAUGUGUUCAACACGGAGGGUCACAUAUUCCCAAUGCAAUAUCGAUUCAUUGCCAAGGACUCAUUGACCACCAGCAAUAUAAGGACCAAGUAUGAUGUGCCCAUCUAG